AAUUGUCCCUCGCCAGGUCCCGUAGUAAAUAGUUAUGGCUUCCUCCGAGACGCAACCUCGCUUCGGUCAAUCUGUUAAAGGUUUAUUGUCUGAUAAAGUCACUUCUUGCAGUGGGGAUGUGAUCGCUCUAACCCGUCAAGUGCUAAAAGGAUCCAGGAGCCAAGAACUUCUCAGUCAGGCGGCGAGAAAUAUGGUGAUUCAAGAAGAUGCAAUUCUGCAUUCUGAAGAUAGUCUACGGAAGAUGUCUAUUAUAACAACCCACUUACAAUAUCAGCAAGAGGCCAUUCAAAAGAAUGUAGAACACUCCAAAAACCUGCAGGACCAGCUCAAGCACUUGAUGAAAUAACAGAAACCUGCUAAUGUGCUGUGGAUAUUAGAUUCUCUAUUUUUUCAUUGAUUUUCUUAAAUAGUAGAUCACAUCACUUUUUGAGACUGCAGAUGAUGGCUUAUUGCAUGAUGGUUGCUAUUUAAAAAAAUGCACAGUUCAACAUCCUAUUAUUCUCUAACCUCUGGUUAUCAAUGGUUGUGAAAAACAUGCAUAAGACCUUUAAGUGAAGGCUUUUCUGUGGGAGAUUGUUUCCAGUAUUCAUAUUUGUCUUUUUCUAAACGAUAGUGCAAUGUCACAUUUGCUUUUAGACGUUUAGGUCUUGCGUAGUCAUAAUUUCCCAAUUCACCGUACACCAAAUGCACAAACUGUAUUUUCUUGUUAAUUUAUUGAUGUCUUUUUUCAAGUGUUGUUGUGCCAAAUUUACUUGAAUAUAUUUGUAUGAAAUGUUACGGAAUUGUUUCUGCACGUUUUGCUAAUUCAUGUUUUAGGUCUAAGCUUUGAGCAACUUCAUUAAAUGUAUGUGCAAAAGCAAA